AUGCUUACACCAACCUCAUGCAUAGAUUCUACUUAUUAUCUUAAUACAUCUGUUACUCCCUCUGUUUGCAUCAAAUGUUCACCUGUCUAUUGUUUAGAAUGUACAAAUGCAUCUAUAUGUACUAAAUGUGCAAGUAAUUUUUAUUUAUCUAAUGGUAUUUGCUUAUGUUAUUCUUGGACAUAUUUAACAACAUCUAAUACUUGUGCAAAUUGCCAUGAUUUAUGUUCUAGUUGUUAUGGUCCAACAAAAACUGAGUGUUUAUCAUGCAAAGAUUCUCAACACAGAUAUAUAAGCAAUAAUGUUUGUAUUUGUAAAAACAACUAUUAUGAUGAUGGAAUAAAUAAUAAAUGCCAAUCAGUUUGUGGCGACAUGGUUGUUACAGAUGGAGAAGAUUGUGAUGAUGGUAAUACCACAAGAUUUGAUGGUUGUAAUAAUUGUAAAUAUGAGUGCCAAAAAGAAUGCUCAAUUUGUGUUAAUGGAAGAUGUUCAGUCUGUUCUGCAGGAUAUGCUCUACAUACUACUAUGAAAUGGUGCUUUCCUAAAUGUGGAGACAAUAUAAUCACAGGUUCUGAAUAAUGCGAAGAUACCUAAAACUAUCCCAUUAGAACUUGUUACAACUGCUAAUAAUAAUGUUAACCCUAGUGCUUCAAUUGCUAAUAAGGAUUAUGCUAUAGUUGUGAUUAUACCUAAGGAUAUUAUGCAAAUUUGAUACUCUAUAGAUGUGAAACUUAAUGUGGAGAUGGAAUCAAAGCCGGAGUUGAAUUAUGUGAUGAUGGCAAUAUUAUUCCUUUUGAUGGAUGUCAUAAUUGUUAAUUUUAAUGUGAUUCUUUUUGUGAUGUUUGUGUUCUGUCUAUUUGUGUCAAAUGCUUAUCUGGAUAUCAAUUAUACUCUCAUACAAAUUAAUGUUUACCCAUAUGUGGGAAUAAACAUACAGCAUUCCAAGAACAAUGUGAUGAUGGUAAUUUAAUUACUUAUGAUGGUUGUCAUUAAUGCUCAUUUUCAUGUUAAGAUUAAUGCACUAAUUGUAUACUGGGUUAAUGUUAUUAAUGCAAUACACCAGGCUUUACAUUAAACUAAAAACUAUAAAAAUGUGUUCCUGUUUGUGGCGAUGGAACAUUAACAGAAUUUCAAGAACAAUGUGAUGAUUCUAAUUCUUCAUUUGAAGAUGGUUGUUAUCAAUGUAAAUAUGAAUGCCAAAUGGAAUGUUUAGUAUGUGCUACUGGUAUUUGUUAUCAAUGUCAAUCUAAUUAUUAUUUAGACUCAAAUAAUAUAUGUGUUCCUAUUUGUGGAAAUGGGAUAGUAUCAAAAUUUGAAUAAUGUGAUGAUAAAAAUACAUUUUUUGAUGAUGGCUGUUAUUAAUGUAGUUUUAAAUGCGAUGAUAAUUGUGAUUAAUGUAUCUUUGGAGUUUGUAAAACGUGCUAAAAUGGUUACAGUCUUAAUUAUAAUAAUAAAAAAUGCACUCCAAUUUGUGGGGAUGGAUUUAUCACUAAAGAUGAAUAAUGUGAUGAUAUAAAUUCUGCAGAAUAAAAUGUUUAAACAAGAUGUGUAAGUUGUAAUUUAUAAUGUCAAUAAGAAUGUGAAUUAUGUGUAUUAGGACAGUGUUAGAGAUGCAAAGAAACAAAUGGAUAUUAUUUAGAUUAAGAAACAAGCACAUGUAUAAGUAUUUGUGGAGAUGCCAUAAUUAGCUAAAAUGAAUAAUGUGAUGAUAAGAAUUCAUAAAUUUUUGAUGGUUGUGAAUAAUGCUAAUAUAUUUGUGAUGAUGAAUGUUUUGAUUGUUUAAAUGGAAUUUGUGUAAGUUGUAAUUAUGGUUUUGAAUUAAGUAAUCAAAAAUGCAUUUCAAUUUGUGGAGAUGGAUUUGUGACAAAGGAUGAAGAUUGCGAUAUUGGACUAAAUGAUAAUUUUAUUUAUGAUAAUAAAAAUAAUAACAAGGAAUGUGUGAAUUGCAAAUUAUAAUGUAAUGAAGGUUGUAAUACAUGUGUCAAAGGGAAAUGUUUAGAAUGUAAAAUUGAUGAGGGAUGGUAUUUAAAUAAUAUAGAUUAAUAAUGCUAUUCAGAAUGUGGAGAUUUGAUAGUAAGUAAUUAAGAAAUGUGUGAUGAAAUUUCAAAUUUUUGUAAUUAAUGUGUAUUAAUUUGUGACUAAAACUGUUUAAAUUGUUCCUUAGGAAUAUGUUCAUAGUGUUAGGUGGGAUAUUAUCUUGAAAAAAAUAAUUGUGUAAAUAAAUGUGGAGAUUUAAUUAAGAGUAAUAAUGAGCAAUGUGAUAGUGAUGAUUUAAUACCAUUUGAUGGUUGUUAUUAGUGUUAAUAUUCUUGUCAAACUUAAUGUCUAACUUGCAUUAAUGGUGGAUGUAUAGAAUGUGAUAGAACUAAUGGUUGGUAUUUAGACAAUGAAUAAUGUAAAACAAUUUGUGGAGAUGGCAUUAAAGCUGGCGAUGAAGAAUGUGACAUUGAUUUAAAAAUAGAUAAUGGAAAUAUAUCUUUGAACAAAUGUUUUGGUUGUAAAAUUACAUGUGCAGAAUAUUGUAAAGUUUGUGAUUAAGGAAAAUGUAUAUAGUGCUUAGAUGGAUAUGAAUUAGAUGAUGAAAAUGAAUGUAUACAACUAUGUGGUAAAUAAUAAAGUCAUUUAAAAUAAUGUGAUGAUGAUAAUUUAGAUUCUUUUGAUGGAUGCUUUUCUUGCAGUUAUGACUGUGAAGAAUUGUGUUAAAAUUGUGUUGAAGGUACUUGUUUAAAAUGUUAGAUCGGAUAUGAAUUAAACAAAAAUGGAAAAUGUGAAACUAUUUGUGGAGAUGCUUAUGUUAGUGAAGUAGAAUAAUGUGAUGAUGGUAAUAAUAUUGAAUAUGAUGGAUGCUAUAAAUGUUAGUAUUCUUGUACAUAAAAUUGUCAAACUUGUAUAAAUGGUUAAUGUAAGGUUUGUUAAAAUGGAUUUCAUUUAGAAUAUUUAAAUUGUAUUACUAAUUGUAGAGAUUUGAUACUUAAGUAAAGUGACUUAAAAUGUAUGAGUAGAGAAUGUUAACCUCAAUGUGAGAUUUGCUUUUAUGGAUAAUGUUUUAAAUGUUAGAAAGGUUGGUAUUGGAAUGAAUAGAAAUUAAUUUGUGAAAGUAAAUGUGGAGAUGAUUAAAUAAUUGGAGAAGAACAAUGUGAUUUUACAUCUACAAUAGAUUAAAUAAAUCCAAAAUGUAAUAAUUAAUGUAAUUUUGAAUGCCCUGAUAAUUGUUAUUAAUGUGAAUUUGGAGUUUGUUUAAAAUGUAAAGUAGGCUACUUUUUGAGAUAUAACAUAUGUAUCAGUACAUGCGGAGAUUUGCUAAUAAAUAAAGAUGAAGAAUGCGAAGAUAAUAAUUUAUAAGCUUUUGAUGGAUGUUUCUAAUGUAAUCUGGAUUGUUAGGAUCAAUGUGAAAUUUGUAUAUAAGGAUUAUGUGAAAAAUGUUUGAUUGGUUAUGAAUUAAUAGAGAACAAAUGUGUAUCAAUUUGUGGAGAUGGUAUAGUAGCUUUAGAUGAGUAUUGUGAUGAUAAAUAUGAUGAAUAGUUAGGAUGUUAAUAAUGCAAAUUUGAAUGUAAUAUAGAUUGUCUUUUUUGUGAAUAUGGGAGAUGCAUAUUUUGUAAGAAAGGUUUUGAAUUAAAAGGAUAGAAAUGUGAACCUAUAUGUGGUGAUGGAAUAAUAUCUGGAAUUGAAUAAUGCGAUGAUGAAAAUCACUUAGCAGAAGAUGGUUGUUUCGAAUGUAAAUAUUCUUGUUAACAUCAAUGUUUAACUUGUCAUAAUGGAUUUUGUUUAGAAUGCGAUGUAGAUAAUGGUUGGCAAUUAAUACCAUAAGGAUAAUGUAUAUCAGUAUGUGGAGAUCUAUAAGUAACAGGAAAUGAAUAAUGUGAUGAUGGAAAUGAAGUAAAUUAUGAUGGAUGUUUUGAUUGUAAAUAUAUAUGUUAAUUGGCAUGUACAAAAUGUUUAUCAGGUUCUUGUUAUGAAUGUAAUACUCCUGGAUGGAUAUUGAAUAAUUUUUUUUGUUGGGAAGUUUGUGGUGAUUCACUAACAGUAGGUAUUGAAGAAUGUGAUGAUGGAAAUGAUAUACCUUAUGACGGAUGUUUUGAAUGCAAAUCAUAAUGUGAAGAAGCUUGUGUUUUGUGUGAAUCUGGAAAAUGUUUAGAUUGUACUUUUGGUUGGAAGUUAAAUGCUUAGAAUAGAUGUGAAACAUAUUGUGGAGAUGGUUAUGUUAUACCUCAAUAUGAAGAUUGUGAUGAUGGUAAUCUAUUACCUUAUGAUGGAUGUUAUGAAUGUAAUUAUUAAUGUGUUGAACAUUGUACAAAUUGCUAAAAAGGUAUAUGUUUAGAAUGUGAUAUUCUUGGCUGGCAAUUUUAAGAAUUUAAAUGUAUUCCUAUUUGUGGAGAUGGAAUUGUUCUUGGAUAUGAAUAAUGUGAUGAUGCUAAUAUAAUAGAAUUUGAUGGUUGUAAUAAUUAAUGUGAAUUUUAAUGUCAUCCUGCUUGUUUAUUAUGUGAAAAGGGUAUCUGUCUUGAAUGUGAUUCAUUUCUAGGAUUCUCUAAAAAUUUUAAUUAAUGUGCUUCUUAAUGUGGAGAUGGGUUAUGGGAACCUUUAUCAGAAUAAUGUGAUGAUGCUAAUAAUUUUAAUUUUGAUGGAUGUUCUAAAGAUUGUUAAAUUGAAACUGAUUGGUUCUGUCAAAACUAAUAAUUACUUGUUAGUAAUUGCUUUUAUCAAAAAUAACCAAUCAUUCUUCUUGAUCUCAUUAAUCAACAAGACAAUAUUUCUACUAUUUAAAUUUCUUUCUCUACUAAAAUGAUGUUUACUACUGGUCAUGAAACUACCAAUAUGUUUUUAGAAAAUACUUUUAAUGAUGAUGAUGAUAAGAUUGCACAAGAUCUAAUUGUUUUAAAAAUCUAGGAUCUUAGUGAAAAUUAUUAUUCAUAUUCUAUUCAUCCAGUAGAACCUAUUAAAUAUGAACCAACAUUUGCGAUUUAUAUUGCAACAAUCGAAAUGAAAAAUACAAUUCCCAUAGAUAAAAUUAAUAUCAUCUGUAUUGUCAAUAAUAAGCUUAUUUUUUCCGAAAAUAAAACCAAAUUAAUUAAAAAUAUAGAAGAAAUAUAAAUACCUAAUUAAGUUUAUAUUAGUCAGGCAUCAGAAAAACUUAUUUAAACAUUCUCAGAAUUUCAGAUAUUCCAAUCAUACUCAUUUUUUGGCAUCUCUAUGAUAAGUAUUUUCUCAAAUGGAUACUCUAAUUUUUAUAUGGCUUGUGAUACCUUGUAAUAUCUCUAUUAUUCCAAAUAUAUUAACUUACCUUUCCCUACAAAUCUAUAACAAUAUCUAGAUAGUCUUAAAGAAUCAUAAAUAUCAAAUAUUGCAACAAAAAAACUUGGUUUAACUGUAAUGAAAUUUAAUACAUUAAACAACACCAAUUCAGAUAAUGAUACUAUGAUGCCUUAAGCUUUUGCCUAUGAUUCACUUUCCUAUUCUUUUUUUGAUAAUGCUUCAACCAGUUUAACAAUCUUUUCUAUAAGUUUUGCUGUCUACUAUUCAUCACUCAUUAUAUCUAAAAUACUACAUCACAUCACUCCAUCUACAUUAAAUAGUUUAGGAUCAUUAGUAGGAGGAUCAAUUCUUACAGUUAGAUAGAAAUGCACAAAACUUGUUAAUAAUUUUACUUUCUCAGGACUUAUCAGGAUAACAACAGUUAAUUUUUAUGAACUUGCCUUCUCUUCGUUACUUCAAUUAACUAAUGUGGAUUUCCAUGACACUUCUAGUUUAAUCAAUAAUAUUGGAGCUAUUGCUACAUUACUUUUCUAAUUUGCUUUUAUCGGCCUUUUGUUUCAUAAAAUUAGACAAAUUUAAACAAAAAAAACUACUGAUUUUAAAUUUUCUAUCAAAACAUUAUUUUAAUAGCAAGAUAACUCUAGUAAUCAAAAAGUUUGGGUUAUGCAGUACAAUACACUUUUGUUGGUUAAAAAAAUUUUUUAUAUCUCUGUAAUUGUAGGUAUGCAAGAAUCAGGACUUUAUUAAACUAUUGCUGUUGCUUUUUAAUCAUCAAUAUUUUGUGCCUAUCUAAUUGUAUAAUAGCCUUUUGCUAAAAUUGAUGAUUUAAGAAAAGCUUUAAUAACUGAAGCAGGAAUGUUUCUAAAUAGUUUAUCCUUUAUUCUCUAUUCAGUUCAGUCAUACUUUUUAUUUAAUUCAGAUACCGUAUUUUAUUUAGGAUGGAUCAAUAUUGGAACUUACACUAUUAUUGUUAGUUCUAAUACUUUAAUAGAUAGUUUUACUUAAUUCAAAAUACUUUACACAAAAAUUAAAAAGAUGUUAAAUGAUUUUAUAUAAUCACAACUUCCAUAAUAAUCAAGGAUUUAACCAAUUUUUGUUUGA